AUGUUUAUCUGUGCCUACCAGCCUAAGGGUAAAAGGCGAUGGUUUGAUGGGUAUUUAGCUGUUGAUGGAAGACGGAUAGUGUUGUAUGAUAGUGAGAAGAGUGUUUUAGAUUCGGUUUUACUAGCGAAGAUCAAAGUUGAUGGGAGUGAAUUUAAAACGGCUUAUUAUAUAGUGACUAGUGAUGAAAUAGACCAAGUAAUUGGUGGAGGAGUAAGUAUUCCGUCUGAGGCGCCGGUUGUUGAAGUUGUAAUGGGAACAGCAGCUACAGAUGAAGUUGUGCAAUGGGUUAGUAAGAGUACGUAUGAUAGAGUGAGUAGUGGAAAUCGUGUAUGUCGUGGUGGGAGUGAGAGUAUAGAUGGGUUGAGUGGAGGUAUAGAUGGGUUGAGUGGAGGUAUGGAUGGGUUGGGUGUAGAUGGUGGGGAUAUGAGUGGUAGUAAUUGGGUUAAUAGAAGUAGAAGUAGAGAGGUUGGGAGUGUUAGUAUGAGAAGUGGAAUUAGUAAUGGUAGGAGUGAUAGUGCUGAAGAGAAGACUAAUAUGAAUACUGAAGAGAAGACUAAUAUGAGUGUGGGAAUGAGUGAGAUUGAAGUGAGUGAGAAUAUGACUAGUAGCAAUAGUAAUAGUACUAUGAAAGUAAGUGGUGGUAAGUUAAGUACUAAAUCGGGUCCAAAGAAGACUUCGGCUGACUUACUGAAUCUCUUCUAA